AGCUGAGAAGGAAUGGUGCUGCAAUGGAGAGUGUACUGUUUUCUGAACUGAAUGUUUUGGAUAAAGUCAAGAACCAUGCUGGUAUUUGCUUCUAGAAAGAAAAUACCUCAGAGGUUUUGAGACAAGCACUUCUGAUUUCGAAAAAAGGUGAUAGUCAUGGAGAGUAAGAAAAACCCGCAAACUUCUACUGUGCCAGAUGGAAGCCGCUGUGAUCUUUGUGGUUGCUCCUCGCCAGCAGUUCGCUGUGACAAAUGCAACAUGCAUAUUUUUUGUCUUUCUUGUGAUGACAUGUAUCAUCGUCAUCCAAAGCGAAAGACACAUCUGCGACGUGCAAUUGACACUCUUAUCUCUAGUGGUCUCACACCUCGUAACCCACCUCCUUUACCACCUGUGGAUUCUUCCAAAAUUCCAAUACCACCACCUCGACGGAAGAAAAGAAAAACUCUCUACAGGGGUUUUGGAGUGAGCUCCAUACCUGAGGCUGGCACUGAGAAAGACUUUUUAUGGUCAGACAAUCGAAGCAACAAGUUUGUACCUGGACAUCCUCUUCCACCAAACUAUGAUACUAUUGGAACUGAGCACAUGAUAGGACCACCAGUUUUCCGAGCUCAGACAACCCCAGAUUUGAGAGUGAUAAAUGAACCUGCACAAAAACAUAGCAGUGAAUUAUAUACAAAAGACAAAAUAAUAACACAAUCAACAGAACAAUGGCCAAUCGAUAAUCAAAAAUGGGUAGACGAGAAAACUAUUUGGAGUGAAAACAGUUCAAUCUCUUCUGGAAGCCCCUUGGCCUCAAGGCCAAUUCCAAGAGGUAGACCAUAUCCUCACUUUGAAACAGGAGGUCCAAACAGAGUUCAGAGUUUUAGUGCUGCUGACAUUUCCUCAGCUCAUCCACAUCACUCUAACAUAUUGCCACAUCCUCUUAUAAGUAAAAAUGAAUCAUAUUUACAUCCAGACUUCCCCUCAUGGUAUGGAGGUUCCUGUGGGGAAUUACCGAGCAGAGAAUUUGAUAGUGAUGAAAUGUCAGAAGAAAUUUCUUCCCAUGCAUUUCAGAUGCCUGUUAGACGAGCACAGAGCAUGAUGCAUGACUCCAUGGCACCACCAGGAUCCUAUUUCUCUGUUGGACGGUUCCUACAAGAAGAUAAUAUGGAGCCAUUUCAUGAACAACGACAGCACAUGUCUGUUCCAGCUUCUCCUUCUCUUUCAACACGUUACACCCAUCAUGGAAGUCGACAUAAGCGGCGAAGCCUUGGUGGAAGUAGUGAAACAUCACUGAGACUUAGUACUAAGAGACUUGGUAAAGAACAUCGUUUUAAAUCAAAACGAAUUGAGUGUGAAACAAGUAGUGAAGAAGAUUUUAUAAGAAAUCAAGAAACUGAUGGUUCCAAAUCAGCUUCAAAUGCUUCAUCAUAUCAAGACAUAUCUCAGAAGGAUAAUUCAUGGAUUCCAAAUCGACAAUGGAAGUGUGAACAUUGUACUUUCCGAAAUCCAGCAGGAAGCUGGAUCUGUGAAAUAUGUUGUAGAACGAAUUCAAAAGCUAGACUCAGAAGAACUCAGCUAGAAAAAAGGACAUCUAAAUCCUCCAGUCAGUGUUCACUUCAACAAGAAUCAGAUGCCAAAGACAAGGGAGAUCAUGAAAUGGAAACAAAAGGCACUUCAGAAAACCCAUUGAAACUGGAAGAGAUGAAAAUAUACGAAAGAAAUAGUGCUUUAUCAAAUAAGGAUCAUGAUAAAGAAAUGGAAUUGUUGUCUUCAAAUCUUGGCUCUAAGGAAUUUGUCAGAUUACCAGAAGUGAAGCCAAAAGAUUUUACUGAAAGUUUUAGUGAUAAAAACUACUUGUUUCAUAUUGUUAGUGAAGAAACCCCAGCUCUGUUUUGUGUAAAAUUAGAUGAGAAAAAAGACUCUUCUGCCCAGACUUCUGAUAUUUCUACCAUUCCUACCCCAAUAGUUUCAACUUCUAGUCAUCAAGAAACUACAACAGACCAACUAGUCCAGACAUGUAAUCCACUGCUAGACAACCAUACACAAACUGACUACAUUACUAAGCCCAAAAAUAUUUUAAAUGCAAGAGGAUCAUCUCUUGAUAGAGAUAUAAUUUCAAAAAAGAAGGUUCCUUUCUCCUGUUUUCAGGAUUAUAUUGGUAGUAAUAUUGGAACAGGUUCUUUAUAUCGCAGCAUCAGUCGCCCAUCCCUAUCAACACAGCAUACUGAUUUUUCUCCAGCAAACUUCCAGUUUCAAUCUGGUUCAGCUGCUGCUGGACGACUUUCUUUUUGGGAUCUUACGGUCAUUACACAAGAUGUUAAAGAUGCCACAGAUAUCAUGAAAGACAAAUUCAAUACUAAAGUUAUCAAAAGUGGCCAAAAGAAUGUGGAAGAAUUCACAGGGGACAGAAAGGAAGAAGGUUUUUUAAGAAAUUUUUCGAAUAGGGAUUAUAGUAUUCAUAACCAAGAUGCAACACAACCUCCUAGCUCAAACUUACAUCAAAGUAUUGAAGAACUAGCCUUUCGAUUAAGACAGGAAAGUGAAAAACAUGAAGGAGUUGAAAUCAUUCAAAUGAUUAAGGAAGUAGAACAACUUGGUUUUAUAGCAGAGGAUCUUCCUAUAGCAUUGAAAAAAUGUGAAAAGCAAAAUCCAGUUUCAUGGCUUCAAGAAAAUUGGAAGAACAUGACUGAAACAGUGGUGAACUUGGCACAAGAGUAUUCUUAUGAUGAGAAGGAAGAUUUUAUAGGUAUUAUUUCUGAGGCUGAGGCUCAGGAAUCAUUAAGAACUCAUGAAGGGGAUAUUUUAGCAGCCGCCAGUGAGUGUGUGAACAGUCGAAAGAGGAAAUUUCUCGAGUUGAUGUCACGAGGAAAUUUUCCAACAAAAGAAAUAGCUUUGGCAUUGACAACAAAUGAGGGCAAUAUAGAAAAGGCGUAUUCUGCUUUGGCAAAAUCAGCAAUGACACCAUUUCUACAGCAUAUCUCAGACUUAGGAGAGAGAACCAAAAGUAACAGUGAACAUAAUCUUCUCUGUCCCUCUCCAGUAUCUGUUAGGUCAAGAACCUAUUCAGGAGAGACAGAAACCACUAUUAGUACCCAACAAACAGUAACUCACAACCAUAAUGUUAAUUUCAUGACAAAUGAGAAGGAUACAAAAACAAACUCUCGACAUUCUCGUUUCCUUAGUCAAUUAGCGUUGCUUCAAAAGGAAGGUAAGAUUCAACAGAAAUCAAUAAUGAUGGAAUUAGAAGCUAAUGACAAAGAAGAGGAAACAGAAUACUUAGAUAACAGUGUGAUUAAUGACAUUCAAAAAAGAGGGUUAAUAGGAUCCCAAGAAACUUUUGCAGGUGAAAACGAAUACACCACAGAUAGGUUAAAACAUUCUGAGAUAGAAACCCCAUAUUGUUAUGGUAGUAAAGAGGAAAUUGCCAAAGAUGGUCAUCAGCCUCAAGUUUCUUAUAUUGAUGUAAAAGAAUAUUUUACAGAUGGUUGUCCCAUUUCUGAUGCAAAAACACAGUAUCUUUGUAGUGGUAAAGAGAAAAGUGACAAAGAUGAUUAUCAGCUUCCUGAGAUACAAAUUGAAGAGUCUUGUAUAUAUGAAAAAGAAUAUAUAACACAUAACCACCCACUUUCUCAGCAUGAAGAACAAGAUUUUUAUAGUAGUGAUGAGCAAAAUAUCACAGAAUAUUAUUUUACAGACAAAGAAAAAAAAAUAGUUAAUGUUCAUCAAUUUUCUGAUGGACAGAAUCAAAAUGUUUAUGCUGAGGAUGAUAAAGUUAACAUAGAUAAUCAUCAGGUUUCUAUAAAUGAUAGUUCAGAUUUCCAAUGUGACGAACACUCUAUGAAAUAUGAUAAUUUAAUAAAAUCUAGUUUUCUAAAGUCAGGACAAAAGCUUAAUAAAAACAGAGAUGAAAUCAAUACUAUAAAGCACUUGGAAACAGACAGGGAUCUUUUGAGAUGUUUUGAAAUCAGUUCUGUACAAACAUUAGAAAGAGAAAAUGAUGGUAAAAGACAGCCUGAAACCAGUUAUGUGCAAAAGCUUGAAAAAAAUAGAGAUAAUAAGGGACACUCUGAAGACAAUGAAGAAGAAAGACAUCAUGAAAUUAGUUUUGUACACAAGCUUGAAACAGGUUGGAAAGAAGAAAGACAAUCUAAAAUAUUAUAUUUUCAAAAGCUUGAAACUGAUGUAGGAGAAGUGAGAUAUUCUGAAACUUCUUUUAAACAAAAUAUUGGAGGAGAUAAAGAGGAUGAGAGACAGCCUGAAAUCAGUACUAUAAUAAAACAUGAAAUAGGUGAGAAAGCAGAAAUAACUUCUCAAACCAGUUUUAUAAACAAGUUUGAAAUGGACAAGAUGGAAGAGAAACAUUCUGAAAUUACUUCUUCACACAAGCAUGAAACAGACAAGAAGGUAGAGAAAAGUCCUGAAUCCAGUUCUGUACACAAGAUUGAGAUAGACAAGAUGGAAGAGAGGCACCCUGAAACCAGCUUGGUACACAAGCUUGAAACAGAUAAGGAAGAAGAGAAACAUCAUGAGACCAAUUCCAUACAUAAGAUUGAAACAGAUAUGAAGGAAGAGAGACACCCUGAAACUACUUCUGUACACAAGAUUGAAACAGACAGGAAGGAAGAGAGGCACCCUGAAACCAACUUGGUAUACAAGCUUAAAACAGACAAAAAGGAAGAGGAACAUCAUGAAACCAGUUUUAUACGCAGGAUUGAAACAGACGUGAAGGAAGACAGAUACCCUGAAACUAAUUCUGUACAAAAGAUUGAAACAGACAGGAAGGAAGAGAGGCACCCUGAAACUGAUUUGGUAUACAAGCUUGAAACAUACAAGAAGGAAGAGAAACAUCCUGAAACCAGUUCUGUACACAGGAUUGAAACAAAUAUGAAGGAAGAGAGACACCCUGACACCAGUUCUAUACACAAGCUUGAAACACACAGAAGGGAAGAGAGGCAUCUUGAAACCAGUUCUAUACAUAAGCUUGAAACAAAUAAGAAUGAAGAGAGGCAUCCUGAAACCAGUUCUAUACACAAUCUUGAAACAGAUAAGAGGGAAGAGAAACAUCCUGAAACCAGUUCUGUACACAGGAUUGAAACAGAUAAGAAGGAAGAGAGACACACUGAAACUACUUCUGUUCACAAGCCUGAAACAUACAGGAAGGAAGAGAGACAUCCUGUACACAAGCUUGUAACAGAUAUGAAGGAAGAGGAACAUCAUGAAACCAUUCCUAUACACAAACUUGAAACAGGUAAGAAGGAAGAGAAGCACCUUGACACCAGUUUGGCACACAAGCUUGAAACAGACAGGAAGGAAGAGAGGCACCCUGACACCAGUUUGGUACACGAUCUUGAAACAGAUAGGAAGGAAGAGAGACACCCUGACACCAGUUCUAUACACCAGCUUGAAACAGACAUGAAGGAAGAGAGACACCCUGAUACCAGUUUGGCACAGAAGCUUGAAACAAACAGAAAGGAAGAGAGGCACCCUGACACCAGUUUGGCAUACAAGCUUAAAACAGACAUGAAGGAAGAGAGGCACCCUGACACCAGUGUGGUAUACAAUCUUGAAACAGACAGGAAGGAAGAGAGGCACCCUGACACCAGUUUGGUACACAAUCUUGAAACAGACAGGAAGGAAGAGAGGCACCCUGACACCAGUUUGACACACAAACUUGAAACAGACAUGAAGGAAGAGAGGCACCCUGACACCAGUUCUAUACACAAGCUUGAAACAGACAGGAAGGAAGAGAAGCACCCUGACACCAGUGUGGUGUACAAUCUUGAAACAGACUGGAAGGAAGAAAAGCACCCUGACACCAGUUUGGUACACAAUCUUGAAACAGACAGGAAGGAAGAGGGGCACCCUGACACCAGUUCUAUACACCAGCUUGAAACAGACAUGAAGGAAGAGAGGCACCCUGACACCAGUGUGGUAUACAAUCUUGAAACAGACAGGAAGGAAGAGAGGCACCCUGACACCAGUUUGGUAAACAAUCUUGAAACAGACAGGAAGGAAGAGAGGCACCCUGACACCAGUGUGGUAUACAAUCCUGAAACAGACUGGAAGGAAGAGAGGCACCCUGACACCAGUUUGGUACACAAUCUUGAAACAGACAGGAAGGAAGAGAGGCACCCUGACACCAGUUCUAUACACCAGCUUGAAACAGACAUGAAGGAAGAGAGACACCCUGAUACCAGUUUGGCACAGAAGCUUGAAACAGACAGGAAGGAAGAGAGGCACCCUGACACCAGUUCUAUACACCAGCUUGAAACAGAAAGGAAGGAAGAGAAGUACCCUGACACUAGUUUGGUACACAAGCUUGAAACAGAUGUGAAGAAAGAGAGGCACCCUGACACCAGUUUGGUACACAAGCAUGAAACAGACAGGAAGGAAGAGAGGCACCCUGACAUCAGUUUGGUACACAAGCUUGAAACAGAUAGGAAGGAAGUAAGACAACCUGAAACUGUUUCUGUUUAUAAGCUUCAAACAGACGUGAAGGAAGAGAGAUAUCCUGAAACCAGUUCUGUACCCAAGCUUGAAACAGAAAGGCAGGAUGGGACUCAACUUGAAACACAUCAGUUUAAAAUAAAAAAAAGAAUAUUGGUGAGCAUUGUAACAGGGGAUAUUUUGAAGGAUGAUUAUAGUAAUGAGAGAGAAAUAUUUCACACAGAUAAUAUUGUGACAGAGGAUUUACAGUCUGCUAGUUUAUCAGAUAGAAUAGAAGAGGAAUUUGAAUCAGAACAGUAUGAGGAAGUUGAUGUCCAGGAUUUAAAGUAUGUCAGUUUGUCAGGUGGAAUAGAUGAAGAACAUGAAUUUGAACUGUGUGAAAUGGAUGAGGAUUCAGAAUAUUUUAGAUUGUCAGACAGAAUAGAAGAAGAAAAUGAAUUAAAACUAUAUAUGCAGGAUGACAUGGAAGAUUUAAGAUCUGCUAGAUUUUCAGACAGAAUAGAGGAAGAAAAUGAAUUGAAACUAUAUAUGCAGGAUGACACUGAGGAUUCUGAGGAUUUAAAAUCUGCUAGAUUGUUAAACAGAACAGAGGAAGAAAAUGAAUUGACACUAUAUAUGCAGGAAAACAUUAAGGAUUUAAAAUCUGCUAGAUUGUCAAACAGAAUAGAGGAGGAAAAUGAAUUGAAACUAUAUAUGCAGGAUGACAUUGAGAAUAUAAAAUCUGCUAGAUUGUCAAACAGAAUAGAGGAAGAAUAUGAAUUGAAACUAUAUAUGCAGGAUGACAUUGAGAAUGUCGAAUCUGCUAGAUUGUCAAACAGAAUAGAGGAAGAAUAUGAAUAUAAACUAUAUAUGCAGGAUAAUAUUGAGGAUUUAAAAUAUGCUAGUGUGUCAGACAGAAUAGAGGAAGAAAAUGAAUAUAAACUAUGUGUAGAGGAUGAUGUUCAGAAUUUAAAAUAUUCUAGUUUAUCAGAGAGAAUAGGAGAAGGACCUGGACUAGGGCUGAAUGUAUGUGAAGAUGUUGCUAAUUCCUGCUUUGUCAGUCAGUUAGAGAAAAGAGUAAAAGAACAUGAAUUGGAAUUGUAUGAGCAGGAUGAUGUUGGUGACUUAAAAGGUUGUAGUUUAUCAAACAGAACAGGAGAAGAACCUGAACUAGAACUGUAUGAAGAGAACGAACUUGGGGAUUUAGAAUAUCAUAGUUUGUCAAACAGAAUAGGUGAAGCAUAUGAAUUUGAACUAUGUGAGAAGGAUGAGGAGAAGGAUUUAAAAUAUUUUACUUCAUCAGACAGAAUAGAUGAAGAAUAUGGACUAGAAAUGCAUGAGAAGGAUGAUAUUUAUGAUUUAAAAUCUUCCAGACUGUCAGAAGGAAUAAAGAAAGAAAAUGAAUUGGAACUUUAUAAACAAGCUGAUGAUGAAUAUUUAGAAAUUGCAAGUUUGUCAGACAAAACAGAUGUAGAACAUGACUUGGCACUGGACAUAUGUGAGAAUGGUUAUGAUUUCAAUUCUGCAAUUCUGUCAGACAAAAAAAUGCAAGAGCAUGGUUUGGAGCUGUAUGAGAAGGUUAAUACUGAAAAUUUAAUUUCUAGUUUGUCAGAGAAAAUAGAAGACCAUGACUCUGCUUGUCUUUCAAACAGAAUAGGGGGAGAACAUGAAUUGGAAAUGGAUUACAUUGAAGAUUUAAACUUUGCUUGUCUGUCAAGUAGAACAGAGGAAGAACAUGAAUUAGAAAUGGAUUCUGAUGAAAGUCAUUCUGGGAGUGAAUCAUUAGGGGCUGAUGUUGAAAGUGAAGAUGAGGCCGAUUUUAUAGUGUGUGAAUAUUUUGGAGAACAGCCAAGAUGGUCUGAAGUUUUGUGUGAGGAAGACUAUGAAGUAAUAGAGCUGAAUUCUACAGCCAACUGUACCACCAAAAUGCAUGGAAAUAGCUUGAAAAAGUUGGAAGAAAACUAUUAUUUGGAAGAAAAAUCCAAAAAUUCUACUCUUGAUGAUUAUGAGAUCAUAAACAUUCCAGAAGCAAAAAAGGAACAUGAUAGCUUAUUUCUGGAAAAUACAACAUCUUUGUGUGACAUAAGCAAAUCUUUUAUUGAUGCAGAUCUUAGUCAAACUGAAACUUUACAAUCUGAAUCAAAUCUUGCUUACUCUACAGCUGAUGAUAUGUCAGAAUCAUUUUUUGGUUAUUCUACUGCUAAAGAACAAGCAGAAUCCUAUUUUGGUUACUCUACAGCUGAUGAAAGACUGGAAUCAUUAGCUGGAUAUUCUACAGCUGAUGAAAAAUUGGUAUCAUUGGUUGGAUAUUCUACAGCUGAUGAAAGACUGGAAUCAUUAACUGGAUAUUCUACAGCUGAUGAAAGACUGGAAUCAUUAGCUGGAUAUUCUACAGCUGAUGAAAGACUGGAAUCAUUAGCUGGAUAUUCUACAGCUGAUGAAAGACUGGAAUCAUUAGCUGGAUAUUCUACAGCUGAUGAAAGACUGGAAUCAUUGGCUGGAUAUUCUACAGCUGAAGAAGAACCAAACUCACUUCCUUGGUAUUCUACUGCUGAUGAAAGAUUGAAAUUUCUUUUUAGUUAUUCUACAGCUGAAGAUGAAGUAGAAUCUCUGCUCAGUUGUAAUAUACCUGAUAACUCUUUGGAAUCUCAUCGCAUUAGUUUUGCAGAUGAUAGAAUGUUAGAAUCUUUAAAUAGUGAUAAGCCAGAAAAGGGAUUAUAUAAGAAAGAGAAGUCUAAAAUAAAGGACAAAAAUGAAAAAUAUUUGGAUAAUUCAUCAAAUGAGGAUGAACAUUUUGCUAAACCAUCUGAUGAGCCUAAUCAGAAAGAAAUAAAGAAUGAAAUAGAGGGAAAAAGUGAUAAAUCUUUAGAUAAACCACUCAUUGGUGAUGUACAUUUGGUAGAAUUAUUUAGUGAGCCUGAAGAGAUAAAAAGGAAGCUUGAAAUAAAUGUGAAAAUUCAAGAAUCUCUGGGAAACCUAAUGAUUGAGGAUGCACAGUCUGUUAAACCAUGUACCGAAUCUGUUGAGAUGGAGAAAAAGGCUGAAAUAAAAGAGAAAAGUGAAGAAACUGUAGAUAUAUCAUUGGUUGAGGAUGUAAAUUCUAUUAACCAAUCUAAUGAACAUUAUAUAGAAGAGAAGAGGCUUGAAACAGAGAAGAAAAAUGAAAUAUUUUUGGAUAAAUCAUUGAAUGAAGAUGAAGAUUUUUUUAAACAAUCCUGUGAGCCUGGCAGAAAAGAUAAAAAUGAUGAAAUAGAGGAAAAAAGUAAAGAAACUUUAGAUAAACCAAUAAUUGACAAGUUUUUGAAACCAACUGGCAAGCCUGAGGAGAAAGAAAAGAAAAAUGAAAUAAAAGAUACAGUUGAGGAAUCUCUGGGAAGCCUAAUGGUUGAGAAUGCAUUCUCUGUUACACCAAUUACUGAAUCCAUUGGGAAAGAUAAAAAGGAUAAAAUAAAGGAAAAAAGUGAAGAAGCUUUUGAUAAAUCAUUGAAUGAAGAUGUACAUUCUGUUAAACAACCUUGUAAACCUGAAGAGAAAGAGAAAAAGAAUGAAAUAGAAGAAAAGAGUGAAGAAGCUUUUGAUAAACCACUAAUUGAUGAUUUUUUAAAACCAUCUGGCAAGCCUGAGGAAAAAGAAAAUAAACUUGAUAUAAGAGAAAUAAUUGAGGAAUCACUAGGAAACCUAAUGGUUGAAAACAUACACUUCAUUACACCAUGUAGUAAAUCCACUGAGAAGGAUAAAAAAGCUGAAACAAAGGAGAAAACUGAAGAAACUCUAGAUACACCAUUGAUUAAGGAUAUACUACUUUCUACAGAAUCAUUUAAUGAACUUGAUAAGAUUGAGAUGAAACCAGCAAUAAGGAAGAAAAGUGAAGAAUCUUUGGAUAAAUCAUUGAAUAAAGGUAAACAUUCUGCUAAACAAUCUUCUGAGCCAGUAGAGAAAGAGAAAAAGGAUGAAAUAGAGGAAGGGGUUGAAGAAACUUUAAAUAAACCACUGAAUGAUGAUUUUGUGAAACCGUUUGGCAAGCCUGAGGAGAAAGAAAAGAAACUUGAAAUAAAAGAGCCUACUGAGGAAUCACUGGGAAGCUUAAUGAUUGAGGAUGCACAAUCUGUUAAACCAUCUACUGAAUCUGUUGGGAAGGAGAAAAAGGCUGAAAUAAAGAAGAAAAGUGAACUAACUUUGGAUAAAUCAUUAAAUGAAGAUGUACAUUUUGUUAAACAAUCUUGUAAAUCUAAAGAGAAAGAGAAAAAAGAUGAAAUAAAAGAAAAGAGUGAAAAACCUUUAGAUAAACCAAUAAUUGACAAUUUUGUGAAACCACCUUGCAAGCCCGAGGAAAAAGAAAAGAAUCUUGAAAUAAAAGAGACAAUUGAGGAACCUUUAGGUAACCUAAUGUUUGAGAAUGCACAGUUUGUUACACCAUGUACUGAAUCCAUUGAGAAGGAUAAAAAGGCUAAAAUAAAGGAGAAAACUGAAGAAACGUUAGAUAAACCAUUGGUUGAGGAUAUACUUUCUAUAGAAUCAUCUAAUGAACUCGAUAAGAUUGAGAUGAAGCCAGCAAUAGCGAAGAAAAGUGAAGAAUCUUUGGAUAAAUCAUUGAAUAAAGGUAAACAUUCUGUUAAACAACCUUGUGAGCCUGAAGACAAUAAGAAAAAAAUUGAAAUAGAGGAAAAGAUUGAAGAAACCUUACAUAAACUACUAAUUCAUGAUUUAGUGAAACCAUUUGGCAAGCCUGAGGAGAAAGAAAAUAAACUUGAAAUAAAAGAUCCUCUUGAGAAGUCACUGGUAAGCUUAAUGAUUGAGGAUGCACAAUCUGUUAAACCAUCCGCUGAAUCUAUUGGGAAAGAGAAGAAAGCUGAAAUAAAAGAAAAUAGUGAAGAAACUUUAAAUAAAUCAUUGGUUGAGGAUGUAAGUUCUAUUAAACUAUCGAACGAACCUGGUAAAAAAGAGAAGAGACUAGAAAUAAAGAAUAAAAGUGAUACAGAGAAAAAGCCUGAAGAAACUUUAGAUAGAUCAUUCACUGAUGAAUCACAUUUUGUUGAGUUAUCUUCCAAGCCUGAAGAGAAAGAAAAGAAACCUGAAAUAAAGAAGAAAAAUGAAGAGUCUUUGGAUAACUCACUGAUUGAAGAUGUACUUUCUGUUAAAAGCAUGAAAAAGCAUGAAACAGCCUUAGAUAAACCACUCACUGAUGACUCAUAUUUUGACAAGCCAUCUGGCAAGCCUAAAGAGAAAGAAACAAAACUUGAAAUAAAAGAGGAAAUUGAAGAAUCAUUGGCAGACUUAAUGACUAAAGAGAUUAAAUCAGAUAAAAUGCUUUUUGAAUCUGAUGAGAAAGAUGAAGAAGCUGAAAUAAUGGAGAAAAGUGAGGACAUACCUUUUAUUAAACCAUCUGAUGAGCCUGAUGAGAAAGAGAAGGAUGAAAUAGAGGAAACAAUUGAAGAAACACCAGGAAACUUAAUGAUUCAGAAUGAAAAAUCUGUUAAACCACAUACUGAGUCAAUUGAGAAGGAGAAAAAGCCUGAAAUACUUGAGAAAAGUAAAGAAACAUUGAUUGAGGAUAUACUUUCUAUUAAAUCAUCUGGUGAAUCUGAUAAGAUUCAGAUGAAUCUUGAAAUUAAGAAGAAAAAUGAAGAAUCUUUGGAUAAAUUAUUGGAUGAAGAUGAACAUUCUGUUAAGCAAUCUUGUGAGCCUGAAGAAAAAGAUAAAAGUGAUAAUAUAGAGAUAAAGAUCGAAGAAUCUUUAGAUACACCACUCACUGAUGAUUCACAUUUUGUGAACCCAUCUGCCAAGCCUAUAGAGAAAGAAACAAAACCUGAAAUAAAAGAGAACCUUGAAGAAUCACCAGGAAACAUAAUGACUGAGGAUGCAAAAUCUGUUAAACUAUCUACUGAGUCUGUUGAGGAGGUCAAAAAGGAUGAAGUGAAGGAUAAAAGUGAAAAAACUUUACAUAAACCAUUGGUUGAGGAUAUACUUUGUAUGAAAUCAUCUGGUGAGCAUGAUCAAAUUGAAAUAAAGCCUGGAAUAAAGAAGAAAAAUGAAGAAUCUUUGGAUAAAUCAUUGAAUGAAGAUGAACACUUUGUUAAACAAUCUUGUGAGACUGACAAGAAAGAUAAAAAGGAUGAUACAGAGAAAAAGACUGAAGAAACUUUAGAUAAAGCACUCACUGGUGAUUCACAUUUUGUCAAACCAUCUGCCAAGCCUGAAGAUAAAGAAAAUAAACCUGAAAUAAAAGAGAAACUUGAAGAAUCACUGGGAAGGUUAAUAACUCGGGUUACAAAAUCUAUUAAUCCAUGUACUGAAUAUAGUGAAGAGGAGGAGAAAAAGGCUGAAAUAAAAGAGGAAUGUGAAGAAACUUUAGAUAAACCAUUUAUUGGGGAUAUACUUUCUAUAGAACAUGAAAAGAUUGAGAUGAAGUCAGCAAUGAAGAAUGAAAGUAAAGAAUCUAUGAAUGAAUCAUUGGAUGAAGAUGAACUCUCUGUUAAACAAUAUUGUGAGAUUGACUUAAAAGAUAAAAAGGAUGAUACAGAGAAAAAGUCUGAAGAAACUUUAGAUAAACUACUCACUGAUGAUUCACAUUUUGUGAAACCAUCUGCCAAGCCUGAAGAGAAAGAAAAGAAACCUGAAAUAAAGAAGAAGAAUGAAGAGUCUUUGGAAUAUUCAUUGACUGAAGAUAUACUUUCUGUUAAGCAAUCUCGUGAACCUGUUAAAAAAGAGAAAAAACCUGAAAUAAAGAAGAAAAAUGAAGAAUGUUUGGAUAAAUCAUUGAAUGAAGAUGAACAUUCUGUUAAACAAUCUUGUGAGACUGACAAAAAAGAUAAAAAGGGUGAUACAGAGAAAAAGACUGAAGAAACUUUAGAUAAACCACUUUCUGAUGAUUCACAUUUUGUGAAACCAUCUGCCAAGCCUGAAGAGAAAGAAAAGAAACCUGAACUGAAAGAGAAACUUGAAGAAUCACCAGGAAACAUAAUGACUGAGGAUGCAAAAUCUGUUAAACUAUCUACUGAGUCUGUUGAGGAGGUUAAAAAGGAUGAAGUGAAGGAUAAAAGUGAAAAAACUUUACAUAAACCAUUGGUUGAGGAUAUACUUUCUAUGAAAUCAUCUGGUGAGCGUGAUAAGAUCGAAAUAAAGUCUGAAAUAAAGAAGAAAAAUGAAGAAUCUUUGGAUGAAUCAUUGGAUGAACAUGAACUCUCUGUUAAACAAUAUUGUGAGAUUGACUUAAAAGAUAAAAAGGAUGAUACAGAGAAAAAGUCUGAAGAAACUUUAGAUAAACCACUCUCUGAUGAUUCACAUUUUGUGAAACCAUCUGCCAAGCCUGAAGAGAAAGAAAAGAAACCUGAAAUAAAGAAGAAGAAUGAAGAGUCUUUGGAUAAUUCAUCAACUGAAGAAGUACUUUCUGUUAAGCAAUCUCAUGAACCUGUUAAAAAAGAGAAAAAACCUGAAAUAAAGAAGAAAAUUGAAGAAUCUUUGGAUAAAUCAUUGAAUGAAGAUGAACACUUCGUUAAACAAUCUUGUGAGACUGACAAGAAAGAUAAAAAGGGUGAUACAGAGAAAAAGUCUGAAGAAACUUUAGAUAAACCACCCACUGGUGAUUCACAUUUUGUGAAACCAUCUGCCAAGCCUGAAGAUAAAGAAAACAAACCUGAAAUAAAAGAGAAACUUGAAGAAUCACUGGGAAGGUUAAUAACUCGGGUUACAAAAUCUAUUAAUCCAUGUACUGAAUAUAGUGAGGAGGAGAAAAAGGCUGAAAUAAAAGAGGAAUGUGAAGAAACUUUAGAUAAACCAUUUAGUGGGGAUAUACUUUCUGUAGAACAUGAUAAGAUUGAGAUGAAGUCAGCAAUGAAGAAUGAAAGUGAAGAAUCUAUGAAUGAAUCAUUGAAUGAGGAUGUGCAUUUUGAUGAGAAAGAGGAUGAGAUAAAGGAGAAAUGUGAAGAAAGUUUAGAUACCUCAUUUAUUGCUAAUAAUGGGGCACACAAUGUCAAACCCUUUGAUAAACAUGAAGAUAAUGGAAAGAGUUAUGAAAUAAAAGUGAAAGGUGAAACCUAUGAUCAUAAAACUUCAGUUGAGGAUGUACAUUUUGUAAAAGCAGCUAGUAACCCUGAGGGAAAAGAGGAAGCAGCUGAAAUAAAGAGGGAAAGUGAAGAAUCUUUGGAAAGAUCAUUAGAUGAGGAUGAUGCACAUUUUCUAAAAAUACCUGAUAAGCUUGAUGACAAAGAGGAAAAACCUGAAUUAAAGGAAACAUUAGACAAACCACUCAUUGCUGAUACAUAUUCUUUCAAACCAUCUGACAAACUUGAAGAGAAAAAACUUGAAAUCAAUAAUGAAAAUAAAGAAUUAUUGAUAAACCUAUUGAAUCAGGAUGUACAACAUGUUAAGCCACCUAAUGAAUGUGAUAAGAAAGAGGUAGAGGCCAAAAUAAAGGAGAAAAAUGAAGAAACUUUAUAUAAAUCAAUUACUGAGGAGGUAAGUUACAGUAAAUUAUCUGACAAACCUAAUAAGAAAGAGAAGAAGCCUCAAAUAAAGGAGAAAAGUGAAGACUCUUUGGAGAAGUCAGCAAAUGAAAAUAGACAGUUUAUUAAACAGUGUUCUGAACCUGUUAAAAAGCAAGAGAAGAAACCACAAAUAAGGAGGAGAAAUGAAAAGGAUGAAAAUUCUGUUAAACAGUCUUGUGAGUUUCGUGAGAAAGAGAAAAAUGAUGAAAUAGAGGAAAAAGUUGAAGAAACCUUAGAUAAGCCACUUAGUGGUGUUAUAAAUUUUGACAAAUCACCUGGCAAGACUGAGCAGAAAGAGAAAAAAGUUAAAAUAAAAGAAAAAAAUGAAAAAUCAUUGGGAAAUCUAAAGACUGAGGAUUCAUACUCUGUUAAAACAUCUACUGAACCUUUUGAGAAAGCAAAGGAUACUGAAAUAAAGAAGAAAAGUGAAGAAUCUUUAGAUAAAAAUCUGUUUGAGGAGGCAAAUUAUAUUAAGUUAUCUGGUGAACCUGAUAAAAUUGAGAAAACUAAAGAAAGUUUAGAUAAGCCAUUAACUGAGGAAAGACAAUUUGUUAAACUGUUUAGUGAACUUGAUGAGAAAGAGAAGCCUGAAGUAAAAGAAAAAAGUGAAGAAACUUUAGAUAAACCAUUAAUUAAUGAUGCACAUUGUGUCAGACCCUCUGAUGAACAUGAUAGAAAGAUUCAAAACAAGAGCAAAGUAAAAGGUAAAUCUUAUGACAAAAAUGAAAAACCUAAAGAUGAAUUGAGAACUAAUAAAAAGCCUUCUGGCUUGGCAGUAGUUGAUAAAGUUGCUCAGCAAGAGACCUCAGGUGAUGUGAAACCUUCAGGAGAUGACAGAAAGACAGAAAAAAAGGGAAGAGUAAAUGAUAGAUCUUAUGAUGGAAAUGAAAAUUCUAAAGAUGAAUCAAUAACUAAAGAAAAGCCUUCUGGCUUGUCAGUAUCUGAUAAAGCUUCUCAGCAAGAGACCUCAGGUCCCAUGAAACCUUCAGCAAAUGAUAGAAAUAUGCAAAAGAAAGAAAAUGUAAAUGAUAAAUUGGAUGACAGAAGUGAAAAACCUAAAGGUGAAUUUACAACUAAAGAAAAGCCUUCUGGCUUGGCAGUAACUGAUAAAACUUCUCAAAAAGAAGCCUCAGCUGAUGUAAAGCCUUCAGCAGAGGAUAGAAAGAAGAAAACAAAAGAAAAAGUAAAUGAUAAAUUAGGUGACAGAAGUGAAAAACCUAAAGUUGAAUUUACAACUAAAGAAAAGCCUUCUGGCUUGGCAGUAACUGAUAAAGUUUCUCAAAAAGAAACCUCAGUUAAUGUAAACUUUUCUGCAGAAGACAUAAACACUCAAAAGAAGGAAAGAAUUAUGGAUAAAUUGGAUGACAAAAUUGAAAAAGGAAGUUCUUACAGUAAAGUGAAAAGCCAGUCAACUAAAAUCAGUUUGGAUAAAAAGAGUUCUGCACUACUUCAACCUGAAUUGGAAGAGAUCCUUGAGAAUUAUAUUGCUAAAGGAAGAUGCAGAACCCGACAACAAGCUGAAAUAGCUGUAAAACUACUAGAAAUGCAGUUUGAAGAAGAGAAAGCACUAGAAGCAGCUAAAAUAUGUGACUCUAUAGAACAAGCAAUAACUUAUUUACAACAGGAUUGUGAUUUGUGUAGCAACACAUAUGCAGCAGCAGAGAUGGUGUCAAUGAUUCAUUGCUCUCAUCAGGCAUGUAGGAACUGCCUGAAGACCUAUUUUACUGUAAAGAUCAAAGAUCAGAACAUUAUUGAACUGAAGUGUCCAUUUUGUGAUGAACCUGACUUGUUUGACAAAGAUAUUGCACAAGACUAUUAUAAUCAUAUGGAUAUCUUACUUAGAAACAUACUUGAUCCAGAAGUACAUGAAUUAUUUCAACGAAAAUUGCGAGAUCAGGUUUUAAUGCAAAAUCCCAAUUUUCACUGGUGUUCACAGUGCUCAUCUGGUUUUAUUGCCUUCAGCCAAAACCAGAGGAAAUUGAUGUGUCCUGAUUGCAAGGUUAUCUUCUGUUCAGAGUGUAGAAAGCCUUGGUUACAACAACAUGAAGGUAUCAGCUGCAAACAAUUUCAUACUUGGGCAGAGACACAUCAGGUAGAUGUACAAACUGCUGCUUUAGGAAGACAAUUGGAAGACAGUGAAAUUGAUUGUCCCAACUGCAGCUACAAAUAUUCAGUAGCUAAAGGAGGAUGCUUGCACAUUCGUUGUAUUCAAUGUCAGUUUGAUUUCUGUAGUGGAUGUGGUGCACAGUACAAAAUUGGAAGGAAGUGCCAUGUGACUCAACAGUGUUUGAAAAUGGGUUUCCAUGGCCACCACCUUAGAAACUGUCUGUAUUAUCUUCGUAAGAAAAAUGCUGUCAUAUUACAAAAGCUUUUAACUGAUUGUGGAAUAAUGUAUGAAACAGAACCACCUACUGGUGAGAAGAUGAAUGAACAGUGUAGUAUUGUAGAACCAAAAAAAACUCCCCAAGGUCUGAAGGAUGAAAUAUGUGGUAGAAAUGUUUUGGAUGGAUAUGCUGGCUUGUGCAG